AUGUCCACGGCAAGCCCUUCGGUCCCCUCGACCAGCCCGUCGCAGUAUGGUGCAUCAUCUGUGCAGCACGCGCAGGCGUCGGCGACGCAUGGCGGCACGGCACCGAUGCAUGGCCACGCCAGCUCUGGUAUGGCUCCUGCAUCCGACACACACGUCAACCAUGCCUCGGGCGCGGGCCUGUACCCUGAAAGCGUCCAGCAGACGCCGCAUCACCUUGCUGCAGGCUCCUUCCCUGGCGCACAGCUCUCGCCGAUGGCUGCGUCGCCUUAUGGCGCGUACGCAGCUGCCCAGCACCCCAUGUACGGCGGCUCGUACUCUGGCCAUGCCUAUCCCCCGUAUCCGAACUACAUGGGACACAUGUCACACUACGGCCACCCACCCCACUACCCAGGUGCAUCGACGACACCUGCAUACCACAACCAGGUGAUGAACAGCAUGGUGCCGCACAAUGGGUACAGUCCCCACGCGGCGGGCCAUAUGGCGUCGCACCACGCGCAGGCCGGUACUCCUUUGUCCAUGGCCGGCUCGGCCGGAGGGGCAGGUCUUCCUGCUGGUCCAGGGGGGCCCAUGGCCCCGAGCGCGGUGGUCCAGGCUCCGUCGUACGGUGCGACGCCACAGUACAGCACGCAGCUGCCCCUGGCUGGACGCCACCGUGUGACGACGACGCUGUGGGAGGACGAAGGUACCCUUUGUUUCCAGGUGGACGUCAAGGGCGUGUGCGUUGCGCGUCGCCACGACAACAACAUGGUCAAUGGCACCAAGCUGCUCAACGUCUGUGGCAUGUCUCGUGGUAAGCGCGAUGGUAUCUUGAAGAACGAAAAGGAGCGCAUUGUCGUCAAGGUCGGUGCGAUGCACCUCAAGGGCGUGUGGAUCGCCUUCAACCGCGGCAAGCAGCUCGCCGAGCAGCACGGCAUUGCCGACGCUUUGUACCCUCUGUUCGAGCCCAACAUCCAGUCCUUUCUGUACCACCCCGACAAUUACCCUCGGACUGCGGCAGUGAUGGCAGCUGCGCAGGAGCGCCAUGUCCAGCGCCACUAUCCUGGACCGAGCCCCGGGGGUGCGAGUAUGAAAGAAGUGGGCGGCGGUGAAAUGGGCGCGGGCAUGCCGCUGCAUGCGGGCCUCGACAGCAGUCACUGGGGGAACGCGCAGCAGCAGUCCCAUGAACAGGUUGCAGCUGGAAAUGACUCGCUACACUACCAGCAGUACCAGCAGCACUACCCGCACCACCAGCAUCACUCUGCGAUGGUGCCGCCGCCGACGGCUGGUCCGGGCAUGUUUGCGUCGGCCAACGGCCACUAUUCGCAGGGCAUGCCGCAGCCUAUGCGCUCCACGCCUACCUCGUCCAUGGGUAUGGACCGUCGCGUGGACCACGGUGCAGACACUAGCGCUGGACAACCCGGUACGCCGACCAACAUGCACCCGGGUGCGAAUGGCACGCACCGCCGGAUCUCGGGUAUGAAGCGCCCCAAUGACGACUACAGCCAGUCGCCCUCGGAAGCCUCUCACCAGGACUCGGAGCAGAACUCGCAACAGACCGCGGGAACGCCGAGCGGUGGCGGCCAUGCUGCGAUGACCAACGCGAGCGGCCACGGCCCUUCUGAUUCGUUCCCCUCGGGUGGUUUCGGCGCGCAAAAUUUCGCUUUGGACGACAUGAAGAUGAUGAAGCGUCCUAAGAUUUCUGAGCCUAUGCCCUCUUCUCAGGGCCAUAGCAAUGUGCAGCCCGUCUACUCGGGUGACCAUGCGCCCGAGUCAGACGCGCGGACUCAGUCGCAUGCCGAGGUGCGCUGA